ACCUCAGAAGCCCAUCCCCUAGCGUCCGUGCUGGGAAUGUACCGUGUAUGCGCAUGGGCGGAGAAACUGCCGCUGUGCGCUGUUAUUAUUGUAAGAGUAAUUUCUUUUUUUUCUUUUUCUUUUCUUUUUUUCUUUUUCUUUUAAAAAAUGGCGUCCAGUCAGGGAGGCGUGGGAGCUGUCACCGCUCUACAAAGCCAUCACUAUCCCACCGGACCUCACUGGAGCCCGGGCAUCACACCGUUCCAGCAGCAGCACCACACGGCCCGAAGCCUGGACCGGGCUCUGGAGGAUGCCGUGUGCUCGGGGAUACUGAACCUGAGCGGCAGGAAGCUGAGGGAGUACCCGGGGAUGAGCUACGAUCUCACCGAUACAACACAAGCAGAUCUGUCUAAGAAUCGUCUCACAGAAAUCCCCCCAGAAGUGUGUCUGUUUGCCCCCCUGGAGUCACUCAACCUCUACCACAACUGCAUUAAGUGCAUCCCAGAAGCUAUUAUCAAUCUGCAGAUGCUGACUUAUCUGGACAUCAGCCGAAAUCUUCUGACAGUGUUGCCGAAAUACCUUUUCAACCUUCCCCUGAAGGUUUUGCUUGUGAGCAACAACAAGCUUGUGUCCAUCCCUGAAGAGAUUGGCAAGGCCAAAGACUUAAUGGAACUGGACGUGAGCUCAAACGAGAUCCAGGCGCUGCCUGCUCAAGUUGGAAAGCUUCAAGCCUUGAGAGAACUCAACAUCAGGAAGAAUAGUCUUCACAUGCUGCCUGAUGAGUUGGCUGACCUGCCUCUCAUCCGACUUGACUUCUCCUGCAAUAAGAUCACAGAGAUUCCUCCAGCCUACAGGAAGCUGAGGCAACUGCAGCACAUCAUCCUAGACAACAACCCUAUGCAGUCUCCACCGGCACAGAUUUGUCUUAAAGGCAAAGUGCACAUAUUUAAGUACCUGAACAUGCAGGCUUGUAGGAUGGAUAAGAAACCAGACACCCUGGACCUCCCCUCUCUUGGCAAGCGUUGCCUACCGCAACCACUAACAGAUAGCAUGGAAGAUUUUUACCCAAGUAAGAACCACGGUCCUGACUCUGGAAUUGGUAGUGACAAUGGUGACAAGAGGCUGUCUACAACAGAGCCUUCAGACGAUGACACCGUCAGCCUGCACUCUCAAGUUUCAGAGACAGCCCGUGCCGACGCCCUGUCACUCCUCUCCAAAAUGGACUCUUGCAAAGAUCAGGAUCUCUAUGACUUUAUAGAGCCCAACCCGGACGAGGAUCCUGCUCUGUCAGAGUGCAAUGGGCAGCAAAGCAGUCAUGUGUCUUGUAUAAAGGAACUGGAGAAAGUUCUUAACAUGUCUCACCAAAGCAAAGAUAAAGACAGCUGGAAAGAGGAGUCAGGUUCUGAUAAGGAGCAGCUAGCUGAGGAAGAGGACGAUGAGCUGAAGGAAGUGCUUGACCUGAGGAAGAUUGCUGUCCAGCUUCUGCAGCAGGAGCAGCAGAACAGACGACGGUCCUUAAUUUGCAGAGCCGAAAGUCUAAUUCACAGGAGGAGAGUGACCGGCCGGGCACACAGAUUCCUCAGUCACUCUGGAAGCUCCGGCAGCAAACCGAGACUCACACCUCAGACCGCUCGCAGUGCCUCUUUAGAUGAAGGAAGCAGUGGAGCGUCAGUGCUGAGUGGACAGCCCUCUUCCUCCUGCUCCUUUGAUGGCUGUCUGAAGACAGAUCAGUCUGAUUCAGAGCCAAAGUGGCCUGAGAUCCCACCUGUCCUCAAUCAGAAUGAAGACCGCAGGCGGAACAAGUAUCUACGAAAAGAUUAUCUGAAGUACAAAUGCCAAAGUGCUCGCAAAAACUCGAGUGGCAACGCUGACUCUGAGGAGGGUUUGCGCAACACUGAUUUCAGCACUACCCUGACAGUGUUUGGACUUAAGCCAAGAUCAGCCUUCACCAGAGGAAGCCAUCAGGAGAUCAGCUCUACAGACCCGAGCUUCACGAUGAGAAGGAAGAUGGAGCACUUGAGAGAGGAAAUGGAGCAGAUAGGACUGUUACGACAGAACAUUGAGUCCAGGCUCAAGGUGUUGCUUCCGGAUGAUGUUGGAGCAGCUCUAAUGGACGGAGUUGUCCUUUGCCAUUUAGCUAAUCAUAUCUGUCCUCGGUCUGUUGCCAGCAUCCAUGUACCAUCUCCUGCAGUGCCAAAGCUUAGCAUGGCCAAAUGCCGGAGAAACGUGGAAAACUUCUUGGAUGCCUGUAAGAAGCUGGGUGUCCCACAGGACAAGCUGUGUCUGCCACAUCACAUCCUAGAAGAACGUGGCCUAGUGAAAGUGGGUGUGACUGUGCAGGCUCUGCUGGAUCUCCCCACUUCUAAGCCCACGCAGCUCUCGACUGUUUGACACGAGCCUCAGUUUUGCAUCAGACCUGCACUCGUGCAGGAUCACCUCUCUACCAAGCCCAAACCUUCUUCCUCAUUACCAGGGACCAGAGAUCCCAGUGGGGCGAGGACACAGUGGCCCCAUGGGUCUUUUGGAGUUGACUUUUGCCUGACUGAAACAGGAGACAAGAUGUCUAAAUGCUUCUGUCUCUUCAUAUGAUGUCAGCUACCACUUACCUCUCUUCCAUCACAUUUUCACUCUUAUGCUGUUCCUAUUACUGGGGUCAUCCUGGAUGCGUGUUUUCUAAGGUGCUGAGCUAAAACUUGCAGAAGAGGCACACACGACGGUGAAUCUAAGACAUUAAAGGUUUGUGCGUCCUUCUUUCUAGUCACUGAGUCUGCGAGUGUCAGCACUGACCAAGUGGAAGUGAGGAAAUGACAGACACAUAACUCACUCUUUCACUGGAAAGGACUAGGCUGCCUGUACUGAGGGACCUUAUUGGGUACUUACACUUGAGUUGCUCUUCUUACUUGUUAAAUUUAUUUUCUCAGUGAAUUUUUUCUUGAUUUUUGUUUUCAUGGUUUUACACAGUCUUCAUCAGGCAUGCAAGGAUGAUAUCCUGUUUUGAGCAGCUAAGCCUGAUUCAUCAAUUGUUUUGUUUUUGUAAUGCAUUUAGACAGUGCUUUUUGAAAGCCGGUGUAAUCUAGGAAUGAAUUUAAUGUUGUUAUCAUGCAGACAGAGGACUUUCCGCCUGUUUUUCUGGUGCAGUUUCAACACCUUUCGACCAUAAAUCACAUCUGCAUGCACCAGGGGACUUGACAUUUGACCACUGUGAUAAUACGAACUUGGCUUUUGCCAAAAGCAUGAUAUCUUGUUUUGUACUGUAGCAUUUUUUCACCGUGUUUUUUUUUUUUUUAAACUCUUGGCCAUUCUCGAUUUUACCUUUUCUGAAGCUUUUGAUACUUUGCUUCCAGCUGUUUCCAGUUAAUGCUUGCCAGUUAUGUCAAAUUAGCAGCACAGAUCUGCCGUAUUGUUUAUAUUCUAUGUGAAUAUUGUUUGUGAACGGCUGACUGAUGGGUGCCUGGAUCCGAAAAUGGUUCAGGGUGCCAUUACAAACUUCCCACGCACGGUAGGGUCUUAUUUUCCCACUAAGCCAUCCUGUUUAGUGUGGUUUCUAAUACACUUUAUUUCAGGGAAAUUCUAUUAUUUAUCUAUUUAUUUACUUGUUUUAACUGUGUACAUUUUUGAUUUGUGUGUCUCUGUCCUCACUACCUGCCCACAUGCAACUGAAGAUGUUAAUCUCAUGUUUUCCAGCAAAUGGAAAAUGACUAAAAGCUUUUAACUUUGGCACUAAUCUGUUCCAUAUGGUGGAUCUGAGAGUUCAGUUCACUGCCACAUGAGAAAACACACGACAAAAACAGACAAAACACAAACCAGAAAUUGAAACCAUAAACUAAUCAAGAGAUCUGAAGAAUAAUUUUCUUUAUUUUUAUAUAAACACAUUUUUUAACUUUAUUUCUCAGACCAUGAUUUGCAGCCAUGGCUAAAAAGAAGUUCAUCAUCUAUCAUUUCUAUGGUUAGCAGGAUCAUACCAGGAUGUAAUUUUAAAAGUAUACUUCUUUUCAGGUCUAAAACUUAACCCUGGAGAACCCAUGGGGUCAGAUCCGACCCCAUUGGUUUACUAGGGAAACCAUGGGGUCAAAUUUGACCCCAUGGGUUCUCCAGGGUUAAAUAACCCUAAGGACAUAUUAAUACAUGACAUAAUACAAUGUUAUUUAACAAAAAGGACGCCAGAGUGCAGAGGCACUUUGGAAUUCUGGCCCACUCUUCUUUACACGCCACAGGAUUUCAGUCAGGUUGAGGUCUGGGAUUUCUGUUGUAGAUUCACUUACUGUUGCAUGACCCGGUUUUGGCCAAGCUUUAGCUGUCGGACAGGUGACCUCACAUAACUGACUCUAGAGUACUUUGGUAUACAAACAAAACAAGCCCAAGUCAUCACUCCUCUUCCACCGUGCUUUUUAACAGUUUAAGGUAUGAGACGUUUGAGUUAAUCUUAUCUUAUCGUAUUUUCUUUUUGCCAAAUGUGGUCCACUUUAGUGGACCACAUCUGUUCAAAGGGCAUCAUUCAAGAAGUCUUGUGGGUUGCACACAUGUAACUUUGCAAACCUAAACUGUCUGCCAUGGUCUUUUAAAAGCAGAGGGUUUCCUCUGGCAAGCCUUCUAAACAAACUUUAUAUGCGGCAUAAAGUUGUUGUCACUUUGGUGAUGUCUCCUUGGCAUUGAACCAGUUCAUACCUGAGUGCUCCAGACCAGAAAACUGUCAAAGCAUCUGUUUUUAUAGAGGAGCUUAGGAAUAAUAAGCAAGGACUUACUUCUGCUACAUUAAGGCUUACUUUUUGUUAAAUAAAUAAUGAUAUGGUGUAUCAUGUUAUCUGUUGUUGUUCAUCUCCAGAUGUGCUUACCUCAUUUUAAGACCUGUGACGGACAGAUUUAAUAUAUUUUGUCCUAAUGUGCAAAACCUUAGUACAACACAGGGGUUGUACUGUCAUUUUACAAUGACUGUGUAUACACUCUGUGUUUAAAACACAGUUUUAAUUAAAAACCUAAAGUGAGGUUAAUGAUUGGAUUUGCAUUAAAUAGAUUACUGGCAAAAGACUACACGAUCUACUAAAUAUGGGCUAACGCGACAUCCCUAACCACUUCUAAAUUUGCAUGCUGAUAUGACACCAGUUAAAUUACUUCUGACAGAGAAGUCUUUGAUAGCGCAGCUAUGGCAGUCUCGUGUUUUAACAAGGUCUCUCUUUUUACCACAGAAACAAGUUGACAGGGUGGUUAGAGCAGAGUGAUGUCUGGUGAAUAUGUGGCGGAUCACAAACCUGUCCUUUUUUGGUGAGCCUUAGCUUUACUAGCUUAACGAGCCAAAGGCUAAAAACUAAUGUGAAAAAACAUUUGAGACUGGAGCAGAACAUGUAGAACUACUGAGGAGGGAUAGCUUUAUUUAUGUAUUUGUUCACUUGUAGGUUAACUUCUCUGUACAGGAUAAUUUAUGUUGUUGUUAACUUAAACAGCUUCUAUGCCGAUGAGCUGCCAUCUUACUUGUGGAGAAUUUGCUCAGAUGCAGUGGUCAAACUUCAUGAAAGGAAGUAUAGAGACUUGCACUUCUGGUUUGAUUCCAGGAUACGAGCAUGCGUGCCAAAUUCUUGGUUUCCAUGUUACUGCUUUUCACCUCACGUUAAUAACCCCAGUGUCUGAAUUUGAAUGGUGUUCAUGAGAACCUCUGCUUCCUCUGAAUAGCCUGUAUUCCCCCCCCUAUUGAUGCUAUGGCGUCAUGUUCCAGAGAACAGAUAUCACACAGAUAAAAAUUAAGCUUCCAGUUUAUCAGACCUUGAGUGUAAAAUAUGCAUAAACCAUCACAGAAUCUCAGGUCAAACAUUUUACUUAUGCAGAUAACUUUGAGUCUUUAUGAAUGACUGUACUGUUGAUCACUGGGUGAUGUUUCCUGGUGUGUCAUUUGGAAUGUGGUAGUUGUUCUUUUUCCUGCAGGGCUCUAGUUAACAAGCAAAGCAAGCAGCAGUCAGUGAGCUCUCUUUUAAAGUAUCUACUGUAUGCAUUCACCAAAUGUAUUGCCGUGCAGAAUCCUUUAUUCUGAAACACAAUCAAAUGUAACAACUGAAAAAGAAUACGUAAAAUAAUAAUAUUACACUGUGGUAGCCUGACAGGAGCUUUUUGGGUAUAUCUGAUGGUAGCUUUCUAACUUCUUAUCUUUAAACAAUAAGAAUAACUUGAUACCUGAACUUACCUUACCUAUAGAUACUGUUACAAAUAUUAACAAUGGUGCAGAACUUUAGCUAAGAAUGUGUUGCCUCAUCUCUGUCUUUUAAAUUGGUGCACAUAUUCUGUUGUUUUAAAUAAUGCAGUUGCUCUCAGAUUUGAGGUCCUUUGUGUGAAAAGUGAAAGGAAAAAUAGAAUUUUGUAAACAAACUAGAAUACAUUUUCAUGAUUUUGUCACUCGUGAAGACCGCCUGGGACUGGGACACAUAGUGUGUUGAAUAUCUCACCGCAUAGACAAUGUUUUGUGGCUUUAAUCAUUAUUAUCCGGUUACUGAUGUGGUUUCCAUGGGAUUCGACUGAGAUCUUCAGAUAAUAGUGACUCAUACAGGUGAAGGAAUAUAAACAGAGGAUAAUUUUCUCUCCUGUGGGGAGAAGAGGUUAAACCACGUGAUACAAGUAAUACCCUCUGCUAAUAUAUGUGCAUCUACAAGUCAUAAAAUAUUCAGUAAUAGCAAAUUAAAUUUUCACCACACCUUGUGGAAAAAACCACUUUCAUAUAAAUCCAGUUGGAAAAAAAACACUCACACACCCUCCUUUGUCCAUCUUUGUCCUCAAGAUUAGCACAAGGCAGGCCUUAUCCCUUGUGUAUUUUUCUAUUUCUAAUAUCCAUAGUAACACAUAUUGUAUUAACAGGUGUGUCUCAUUUCCUAAGGGCUGUAAUUCAAGUAAAUAAUACUUUGAUAUAAAUCCAAUUGGACAAAAAACCUCAGUGGUGUUUUAAGUGGUACAGAUUUAGGCUGAAUUGAACUGGUGUUGGACUCUAACGAUGCGUGUAUUUCUGUAAGUUGUUGUAGAAAGCAAGGGAGAGCAGCAGCUUGACCUCUGUUAUCUCUUUCUGCAAUAUACUUAUGUCAUCACCGCACCGCUCGCGCCCCUGCAAAGACACGGCACAUUGCAUUUUCAUUCAUCUUGUCAUCGAAGUGUUUCUGCAAAGCAUAUUUACACCUCGGUAUUUGCAAAAGAGAUGUGAUAUUUUCUGACAUUUGACGGAAGCUUAAAUCCCCCCAUCUGUACCCAGUGUAUGGAUUUUCAUUUUGACUGAAUUCAGCUCUGUGACAUUGUAUGUGUAGCGGUUGUUAGUAAAUCCUUAUUUAAAAGUCUCGAAAGUAAAUCUGUGUGUUGUAAUCUGCGCCCCUGUUUGUACUGCCCAUGAAGUAAUCCUUGUUCUGACAGUUUCUCAAGUUCAACCAAAGAUAAGGCUUCGGUGGGCUAACAACAUACGAGUUUUCUUGUGAAAUUUCCACUUUAUCGUUCAGUAUCUUUUUGUUAGAGGAGUAAAGAACACAAAGAGGACACUGCAACAUAAGAUUAGAGAAAGAAGCGCACGAUCCCUCUAGCCCUUUAGCUUGGCCCUACCUUAAGGACUCUAAUCUCCAUUACUUUAGCAGGGAUUUCUUCAGGGCAAGCAUGGACUGGACGAAAUAAAUGUAGGGACCGAUUCCUCUUGACAUAUAUGAAUAGUGUUCAGAGGCAGGUGUUAACAAAGGUGAACGUGAUCUUUUUUGCACUGUUUGGAAGUGUGAAAAUGUCUCUUUCUGUAACUAUUGCUUGAUGAAUGUCUCUCAUCAUUAGUGAACAUUGUGUUACCUCAGCAACUGAUCCAUCCGCUGGUUUUUUUUUUUUGGUUUUUUUUUUAAUGUUUCUUAUUAGGCCUGGGGGCAGGUUUAUGUGUUUCUAUAGAACGGCAAUGUACAGGAUGUUUUGGAAUAAUGGGAAAGUCUGCUGCAUACUUACUGAACAGCCUGCAAUAUGUAGAAUUCAUAUGCAUACACGAAAAGACAGUGGUGCUGAUUUUUAUUUUGUAAUUUUGUAUGUGAUAAAUCCAUUGCCGUGCCUAAGUAUCUGUUAUUGGUUUAAUUGGUUACGCUCGCCAUGAUUUAACGUCUCACAAGUGUCGUCUCGUUAGGAGAAAACAGUGAAAUAGUGAGUUAUGUCUAAAUGCUACACUGCCGAGAGAAUUCACAAUUCAUGUACAUAAUCUGUUUUUUUUGUAUUUAAAACUGGUCUGACGCAUGCAAGACUACAAAAUCACUGAAGCUAAACCUGUGUACAUAUCAUCUGUGUAAAUUCCAAGGUUUUCUUAUAGCGAACAUGCUGAAUCUAAAAAUAAAGUGAAAUUCUUUGGA